AUGACUGAAUUAUUUAUUAUUUUCAAAAUAUAUGUAUAUAUUUUUAUUUUAAAACCACGCAUUCUAUAAUUCAUAUUUCCAAACUAUAUUAAUAUUUAUAAAUAUUUUGUUAGCUAUGUUAGUAGUAAUUUUGAAGUAGCAGAUGCUUGCUUUUCUUUGUAUGUUAGUAACUAAUUUUAUAUGGCUUCUUCGAGUAACCGACGGAGAAAUAUCUAGAGAGUCGAUGGGAAGAAAAUCUAUUGUAAGCAUCUCGAUUCGUAUCGUAAGAUAGAGUUAUUGUUAUAGCAGGGUAGAAAAUAAACCACUAUUGUUGGAGAACACACACGUAGUUAGCUUUAGUAACAUAACAACUAUUUUUUCUAAAGAAAAUGUCGACCAAAAUAAUUGAGCACAUUACUCGAAUCACGGAUUUAUCAUAGCCAAUGUCUAAAUAAUAUUUUAGUAAUACAUGGCUUAACAUUUUACCACCUCCAAAAAUUCUAGACAUCAACGGCCACUCGGUACCUUGGUCCGUCAAGCGCUGAUGAUCGGUCAGUGUGUAACCAGUCUUUUACCCGGUGAAGACAUAUUUCGUGAUUACUACCUUAAGAUUUUUAUUUUACCAAGUAUAUUCUUGUUAUAUUUUUCUCACUUUUUUUUCUUUUAACGAAUAUAAUAUUAUGUUUAACUGUGGUAAGUGUCCUGCUGUAUUCAGGCUAAAGUAUAAUUUGGCUAGACACGAAAAAUCACAUAAUGCAGUCCGCCUCUCUUGUCCGUCAUGCAUUGUAACAUUUUCCGACAAAUCUAACUUGGCGCGCCAUAUGAAAAACAAACAUGGUAUGUACAGAACAUUUGAUAUACCUAUUAUAAUUUUUUUUUUACGAAGUUAAUUUAUUUAGUUUCUUUAUUAUUUUUUUUUUUUAUUCUUUAGGUAUUGCUCGUGUACCUACAGUACAACAUAAUGAGGUAGUUGAGCCUCCACACGCCAGUGUAUCCGUCAUUCAACCAGAACCACCGGCCCUCAGUCGAACAAAUCCAGACGGAUACAUAGAGCUUGCACCGGAAAUACUUGUACCAGACACUCCAGCUGGUCCAUCUAACAGAAGUCAAGUCAUGCGGGAAUCAGCUAUUCUCCCAGUACACGAAAAUGAGCAAUGGCUUGAUGAAGAAGCGAGCGACGAAAUAUGUGUGGAAACGAUGAAACAUGUUGAGGAAGUGGGACUAUGCGAUGAGACAGGUAAGAUUUUUUUUUUUUUUUAAUAUUAUGGAAGGGAUGUAUUAGGUUUUUUUUUCUGAUUUUUAAAAAUUAUUUUAGAUUAUUAUACUACUACAAAAAGGGGAAAGCGUAUACACGUAGAAAAUACGAAAACUGCUAAAAAUUCAAAAAAAAUACGAAUGCAGGUAGUUCAGGAGGCAGGGUUCGUUGAAAUAAGUUCAUCGCAUAAUAGGAUCGUAGUAAAUUAUUUCGCGAAAAAUAUAUUAAAUAUUCGAGAUUAUAUUACUUUUUUAUCAUCAAUUAAAUUAGAUUUGAAUACAUUAUUAAAAUCAUUCGUUCAAAAAAGUCCUAUUAAAUUUAAUUUGAAACUGGAGGCUACAUAUCACCGAAUCAACAUCGAAAACUCGUCCGAGAAUAGAUCGUUCAAGACAUCGGCUAGGGCGAUUUUCUUAGAUUCAGAUUUAGGGGAAAUAAUUGAUCAGGCGUACGGUAAACUAUUAGAGGAGGAAGAAACAUACGUUUCACGUGGAAGUGGGUUUACAUUACAAAACAUAGAUGGUAUCAUAUUAACAGUUUAUAAGUAUACACCUAUGCUUGGUGCAGGUUAUUCUAAUCUCCCUGGUCGUAUACAAAACAACGAUAAUGAAAAUAACGGUAGUGGUGAAGGUGUCGAAAAUAAUAGUAGAGGGGGAGGUGACGUGAAUAAUGGUAGAGGUGACGUAAAUAAUGGUAGAGGAGAAGGUGACGAGAAUAAUGGUAGAGGAGAAGGUGACGAGAAUAAUGAUAGUGAAGGGGGUGACGAAAAUAUUGAAAGCGAAGAGGGGGAGAGAGAUCAGGUUAUGGAGAGAAAUGGAGUGACUUAUAUUUCUUUACCAAGUGAAAUUCAAAGAAAACAGGGGACGAUAAAUCCACAAAAUAACGAUCAGCACUGUUUCAAAUGGAGUGUUCUGGCAAAACAUGUCACCGGUAGAAACAGGAGUCGUAUCGGAAAUAAUUACAACCAACAUUCUGAAAAAUAUGACUUCACAGGUUUGUCGUUCCCAACACCGUUGAGUGAAGUUAAAAUUUUUGAACGGAAAAAUCCUACUGUUAGUAUUAAUGUUUAUGGACUGGAGAAAAAAUUAAACCCCCUAUUAAAAACUAAGUCGUAUAUUGUUUUUCCGCUGAAAGUCAUCGACAAGGAGAAAGAAGAACAUAUUGAUUUACUAUAUAUUACGAAGGAUGAAAAAAUGCAUUAUAUUUAUAUAAGCAAUUUUUCUAGGCUUAUUCGUUCUCAAUCAACGGGGCAUAUAGCGAGUCGCGUGUUUUGUAAGCGAUGUUUUACUUCUUUUGACAAUAGAGCGCGUAAACAUAGAAAAAGUGGUCAAGCGGGGCUUGACGAGCAUAUGAUAAUUUGUGGGUCGCAUAAUGCAAUUUUACCUGUAAUGCCUAAACCCGAAGAUGUACUCAAAUUUAAAUCGUGGGAAAAUACGGUUCGACAUCCCUUCGUAAUAUACGCGGACUUCGAAGCGCUGUUAGUGAAGAGCGAUGAGAGUAGGGGGGAUAAUACAACAGUCAUACAUAAACAUAAAGCGAUGAGCUACGGAUUCGUGGUUAAGGCGGCAGAUAACGUACCAAAAGAGCUUCUAGAACAAUAUAUGAUUCCGGAAUCUGUGAAUGGUGACCGAGGUAAUGUAGACCGUGAGGAUGUAGCCCAAAAUUUCGUAGACGCGAUCGUAGAUGUGGGUAGGCGGAUAGAAAAGUUACUGAAAACGAAUAUACCAUUAAUUAUGAGUGACAAUGAAGAAAAAACACACCAAGAGUGUAAAAUAUGCAAUUUAUGUAAUCGUACAGUAUUCAAAUGUGAUAAAGUUAGAGACCACGACCAUUUAACUGGUAAAUUUAGACAGACGCUUUGUUCUAAAUGCAAUCUUAAAUUACAACAGCCUAAAUUUGUUCCAUGUUACUUACACAAUUUAAGUAACUACGACUCUAAUUUUAUCAUUACUGAACUAGCUUACGAUUCCAAGUCUAUUAAUGUUAUCCCGAAUAGUGAAGAGAAAUUUAUUUCUUUUUCUAAAUAUUUAAGUAGUACUUUCACUAUUAGGUUUAUUGAUACGAUGAGGUUUAUGCCAUCGAGCUUGGAAAGUCUUGCCGAGAAUCUUGUUACCCCAGGCCUUGAAAAAUUCCGUGAGGCAGCUAAACAUUUUGCCGCUGGAGAUAUGUCACUCGUUACUCGUAAGGGGGUAUAUCCUUACGAGUAUACGGAUAGUUGGGAGAAAUUAGAUGAGGACAGUUUACCGGGGAAAGACGAAUUUUAUAGUACUCUUCAUGAGAAAGCGAUUGAGGACGAUGAGUAUGAUCACGCUUUGGUGGUUUGGCAGCACUUCGCGUGUAAAACACUAGGAGAAUAUUCCGAUUUAUACUUAAAAAUUGAUGUGCUUUUGCUUGCUGACAUUUUUGAAAACUUUCGAGAUGUGUGCAUGAAAGCUUAUGCUAUCGACCCCGCAUUUUAUUAUACAGCUCCAGGAAUGUCUUUUCAUUGUAUGUUGAAGAAGACUCAGAUUAGAUUACAGCUUUUAUCAGAUUACGAGAUGCUGUUAAUGUUCGAAAAAGGUAAGGAAAAAAAAAGUUUAAAAGUUUAAAAGAUUUAUUAUUAUUAUUUUUGAUUUUAUAGGUAUUCGUGGAGGUCUUGUGCAGGCGAGCAAGCGGUAUGCGACGGCAAACCAUGAGAAAGUUCCCGAUUAUGAUGCUGAGAAAGAAAAAUCGUGGCUGGUGUAUCAGGAUUGUAAGAAAAAAUAUAUUUUUUUUAAAAAAUAUUUUCAUACCUUAUUUAUAUAAAAUAUUCUUAGGUAAUAAUCUCUAUGGUUACGCGAUGAGUCAAUACAUGCCAACUGGCGGUUUUAAAUGGGUGAAACCUACGCUUGCAGGAUUGAAUGAUUUGGAUGAUACUUCACCUAUAGGGCGUAUUUAUGAGGUUGAUAUAUCAUAUCCAAAAGAACUCCACGAUCGGCAUAACGACUUUCCGUUUCUUCCUCAAAACGCUACACCCGUAGGCUCAAAGGUUCCAAAACUGAUGGCGACCCUAGAGACAAAAAAAAACUAUAUUGUUCAUUACAGAAACCUUCAGCAGGCCAUUAAAAACGGAUUAAUAGUUGAAAAAGUAAAACGAUAUUUUUUAUUAUUUUUUUUUUUUAUAUAAUAUUAUAAUAUUCAAGUAUUUCAUAUUAUUAUUAUUAUUAUAGGUGCAUAGAGUUAUUCAAUUCAAUCAGUCAGGGUGGUUAGCUGAGUAUAUUUUAUUGAAUACAAUUUUGAGGAAGAACUCAAAAAAUGAUUUUGAGAGUCUAUUUUUUAAGCUUAUGAUUAACGCUGUAUUUGGUAAGUUACUUUUAACUUUUAAUCUUUUGUUUUGAACUUUUAAAAACUUAAUUUAUUAUUUUACAGGGAAAACCCUUGAAUCGAUGAGGCACAGAUUGAAAAUGGAAAUAGUAGUGAGUGAUAGACGAUUACAAAAACUCAUAAAUAAAUCGACAUUUAAGCAUUGUACUUCGUACAGAGAAAAUAUUUCUGCUGUAACGUUGGAAAAUAAAAUCAUUGAUUUCUGUAAACCGAUAUAUAUAGGUAAAUAUUUUUAUAUUGAAUUUGACCAUGACAGAUAUAAUAAUUUUUAUAAAAUUAAGGUUUUGCGGUCCUUGAUAUUUCGAAAAGUUUAAUGUACGACUAUCACUACGAGGUAAUGCAGAAACAUUACGGAGAGAAAAUCAAACUCAUGUAUACUGACACUGGUAAAAAUAUAUAUAUAUUUAUUUGUAACUAUGUAUAUUAUAAAACUACAUUCAUACUUAUUAUUUUUAUUUUAGAUUCACUGGUGUACCAUAUAUUCACCGAUGAUUUUUACGAGGACCUAUUAAACUACCCAAUCUUACUUAACCGGUUGGAUACUGCAAACCUUCCACAGGAUCAUCCCUGUUAUAUCGCCGAACGUCGUAAGGUCCCAGGGUAUUUCUCCGACGAAACUGAUGGAUUGAUUAUGACAGCUUUUUGUGCUCUCCGUGCUAAAUCAUAUGCUUAUAAAAUCGAGGGGAGAGGGGCCAUUCAACCAAAAGAGGAGAUUAGGGCAAAGGGUAUAAGACGUCAUGUAGUUGAUAACCACAUGACGUUCGAGGACCAUCGGAUGUGUCUGUUUAGUGAACCCGGAUUAGUAGUUUAUAAACAGAAUAUUUCAAUUAGGUCAUUCAACCACCAGCUAAUGACACUCAAUACAAACAAAUUGUCUUACAAUAAUCAUGACGACAAGAGAUUCAUUCUAGAUGACAAAAUACAUACCUUAGCUUAUGGACAUUAUCGUAUAGAAGAGGCUAAAGAACUCGAGAGGGAACUUGAGAGGGUGGAAGCAGAGAUGGUAGCAAUGAUGGAGGGUGUAGGAUAUUAAGUUUUAUGAAGAUAGUUUAAUAUAUUAUAAGUACCAUGUAUAUAGUAUAAUAUUAUAUAAUUUUUAAGUCUGUAAAUAUCAUGUAAAUAUCAUGUAAAUAUCAUGUAAAAAUCAUGUAACAUUUUCUGUAAAUAUUAUGUUUAUGUAUAUUAUUGUUUUUAUAUUUUAGUUAUUAUUUUUGUAUGUAUAUUUAUUAAAUUAUUAUAUAACUAAAUGACAUGUAAAUAACCUGAAAAUAAUUUAUUUCUGUAAAUACUUUGUAAAUAUCAUGUAACAUUAAUACUUUAUAUCUGUAAAUACUUAGAAAAUAUCAUGUAAAAAUCUUGUAUUAUUUUCUGUAAAAUUAUAUUCAUUUUUUAUUUUUUUUUUAUUUCAUGAUUAGUCUUAAUAAUAUAUUUAAUCAUUUUUUUCUGUUUCAGAUCAAAGGAAAAC